AUGGAGUUUCUUCAGGGCUUCUCCCCGUUGCUCUCCACCACGACAGCUUUGUGGUCGAACCUCGUCACCACGUACUCUGCGCAACGGAUCGAGUUCGUGGGGACGCUGCUGGUCCAGAUUUUGUCUUUCUGGAUCCCAUCUAUUGGCUAUCUUCUUCUCGAUACCCUCGCGCCUGCCUUCUCGCAACGGCACAAGAUCCAACCCGCACCGAAACAGCCGACAAGUACUGAUAUCGCGCGCUGCUUUCUCGUGGUCACCCAAAACCAAAUACUAUCAUCGGUAUUGCACCUGGGGCUGAUUUACAUCACCGAGAAAGCAGGUUCCAAAUCCUCGUACCGCGUGGAGGCAAGCCUACCUGCAGCAGCAGAACUCGCUCGCGACUUUCUCAUCAGCCUGCUCUUGCGUGAGGCCAUGUUCUAUUAUAGCCACCGACUGCUCCAUCUUCCGUACUUCUAUCGACGCAUCCACAAGAAGCACCACAAGUUCACAGCUCCGAUCGCCCUUGCCGCUCAGUUUGCUCACCCUAUUGAGCAGAUCUUCGCGAACGCGCUGCCUAUUUCGCUUCCACCACAGCUGCUUCGGAGUCAUGUGUUGACUUUUUGGAUCUUUCUCUCCUGGGAGCUCUUCAACACGGCUACCGUGCAUAGUGGAUAUGACUUUUUCCAUAACAAGGCUAAGAUGCAUGACUUGCACCACGAAAAGUUCAAUCUGAAUUACGGCUCUAUUGGGUUGUUGGACUGGGUGCAUGGGACCGACAAGCUGGGCAAACGUCACUCGGAAUGA